AUGAAGUUCUUCGUCACCUCCGCUCUUCUUGCCCUCGCGGGCCUCGCUGCUGCCGAGGUCCCCCAGGAGCACUCUCACGAGUUCUACCUCCUGGCCAUGGACAAGCUCCUCCAGGACAACAACCCCCUCGAGAUCAAGUCCUCCGUCUUUGCUCUCCUGGGCAACGCGGCCGCCGCCGAGGCGUCGGACAAGGUCGACGCUGCCGACCUCGACUGCCUGCAGCAGAUCAUUGCCGACCAGGCCUUCACCAACGCCAAGGCCAAGAACGACGUUGCCGGCAUGGUCAACUCGCUCAUAUUCCGCACCCUCGAGAGGAACACCCUGACGGUCGGCGAGGCCAGCAAGCUCUGCACGACCGUCCAGGCCGUCAACCCUGAGAUCGCCGCGCUCACGCAGAUCCAGGACCCGGCCUCCUCCGAGGGCCAGGCCAACAACAAGCAGACCAUCCUGGACCUCGCCGUCCAGAUCGCUGCCGUCGGCGGCGACCCCACCGAGGCCCUCUUUGCCGGCACUUUCCAGCCCGGCCAGAUCGGCGACCCCACCGCUGCGGGAAACACCUGCAACGACGCCACCGACACCGACGGCUGCAUCUUUAGCCAGAACCUCCUGGUUGAGGAGGCCACUGUUGACGAGAUUGAGGAUGCCGUUGCUGCGGCCGGUGCUGGCAACGGCAACAACAACAACAACAACAACAACAACAACAACCAGGGCAAUGGUAACCAGAACCAGAACCAGGACGACGACAACGACAACGACAACCAAAACCAGGGCAACGGUAACCAGAACCAAAACCAGGGCAAUGGUAACCAGAACCAGGGCAACGGCAACCAGAACCAGGGCAAUGGCAACGGUAACCAGAACCAAAACCAAGGCAACGGCAACCAGAACCAGAACCAGGGUGGCAACUCGGGCAACAUCCAGGCCUUCACCGGAGCCCUCGGCGGCGCCGCCCCGGCCGUCCAGUUCUCAGCCGGCUCCGACCGCCCCUUCACCGUCAACGGCAACACCUUCAACAACGCCGCCGCCGCCCUGACCCGCUCCUGCGACAUCCAGAACAACGCCUGCUUCAACGCCGCCAACGGCGGCCAGCUCACCGGCGGCACCCAGCAGUGCCAGCAGCAACAGCAAGAAUGCAUCGCCUCGGUGCCCCAGUCCGCCGCUGCCGCAUCCAAGGUGAAGCGCGACCUCAAGCUCGGUGGCCGUCGUCUGUCGCGCCGCUAG